GUAGGCAUGGGCGAUGGGGGCGCCGAGCGCGACCGCGGCCCGGCGCGCGGGGCAGAGUCUGGUGGCGGCGGUGGGCGCGGCGGGGACCGCGGCGGAGCAGAGAACUCGCGAGCUAAUGGGGGUGGCAGCAGCCCAACAGAGGUUACUGGGACCUUGGCUUCCAGCCCCGCAGGCUCCAGGGAGAGCAGCGCCGACAGCGAUGGGCAACCCGGGCCCGGCGAAGCGGACCACUGCCGCCGCAUCCUAGUGCGAGAUGCUAAGGGGACCAUUCGGGAAAUUGUGCUGCCUAAGGGCCUGGACCUGGACCGGCCCAAGCGGACUCGCACAUCGUUCACUGCUGAGCAGCUGUACCGCCUGGAGAUGGAAUUCCAGCGCUGCCAGUACGUGGUGGGACGUGAGCGCACAGAGCUGGCCCGCCAGCUGAAUCUCUCCGAGACCCAGGUGAAGGUCUGGUUCCAGAAUCGCCGCACCAAGCAGAAGAAAGACCAGAGCAGAGACCUGGAAAAGCGGGCGUCCUCCUCGGCCUCCGAGGCAUUUGCCACCUCCAACAUUCUGCGGCUGCUGGAGCAGGGCCGGCUGCUCUCCGUGCCCAGAGCCCCCAGCCUCCUGGCGCUGACCCCUGGCCUGCCAAGCCUACCUGCUGGCCACAGGGGCACCUCCUUGGGUGACCCCAGGAACUCUUCCCCACGCCUUCACCCGCUGCCCUCGGCCUCAGCGUCCCCUCCGCUGCCACCCCCUCUGCCAGCCAUCUGCUUUUCCUCAACCCCGCUCCUGGACCUGCCUGCUGGUUAUGAACUGGGGUUCUCGGCCUUCGAGCCCUACGGCUGGCUAGAGCGGAAAGUAGGCAGCGCCGGCAGCGCCAAGAAGGCUAACACUUAAGACUCCCACCCUGUGCGACACUGAGUCCCAAGCACAGCACCUUCCCAGUCUCCUGUGCCCCAGCGGACUGCGCUGAGCAGGCCCCAGAGAGAAGGGGUGGCAGCCACAUGCCCUCUCCACUGUCCCUAGCUCAGAGACUCGCGACCAGAUGGCCUUGGUCCUGCAGUAGUGUGUGUGAGUGCAGUGUGUAUGGUGUGUGCGCGCAUGUGUGUCUCACUGAA